UACCCGACUGGUAUGGACUACCACAACCACUACAAAGGGAACCAAUGCAACAGCGCACAAGAUGGCAACAAACGCCAAAAAGACAGAGACCAGAACAAACACUCUCCAGGGUGUCCACGCCAAGGGGAGGCCCCACAAAUUUGUACUGACCUCCAA